UUGGAAAUGGAUCGCAUUCGCAGAAGCUAGUGGCAGUGGUGGCGGAGGAGGGUGGGGCUUGGUGGGGGCGCCUUCCAAUGUUGGAAUAGCAAUAGCCGUUACCGCCAUGGCCGGCCUUGCCUUGGCUGCUACCGUCGUCUACACUCGUAGGUAAAAAGUAUAAACGAAAAAACAGUAGCAUCAGAAUCGCAAAGCAUCGAAGUUUCGAAAAAAAUUAAGUUAUUUGAUAGAAAUUCAGGAACAAUUUGUGACAAUCGUUGCUGAUUUAGAUAGGUAGGUAGAUAAUGUUAGCGGAACAUAAACCUUUGAUGAGAGUCCUACGACGAAUUCACACAUCUUCACCAUCGAGGUCGUCGAAUUCAUCUUCUCCGAGAUCUUCCUCAUCGUGGAAUCAUUUGAGAUCGUUUCUAUUAGUAGUUGCUUUCACCCAUUCAUCAUCGUCAUCAAGCUCACCAGUCUCCAGUGAUCUGGGUACUCUAAAAUCACCUUGGUCCAGGAGGAGAAGAAAACAUGCCCUUAAACCGAAACAAUGGAAAAGUUUAUUCACACCUGAUGGAAAACUCUUUGAUGAUGGCGUCCAGUUCCUCAAAAAAGCCCGAAAAGGAGGUGUUGAUCCAAGUAUAAGAGCAGAAGUUUGGCCAUUCCUUCUUGGAGUCUAUGAUCUAAACAGCUCCAAAGUGGAAAGAGAUUCCAUUCGAACAAAGAAAAGCAGAAGAGAAUAUGAGAACCUGAGAAAACGGUGUCGGCAUUUUCUUAAGCCAGAAAAUAGGAGCUUUAACUUGAAGGAUACCAUUGGAAACGACAGCAAUGUGGACAGCAGGGAUUUCAGUCAGGUUUUAGAUUCUACUAGUUUUGAAGAUGUGGCGAAUAUCAGGCGGUCCAUUUCCGCUGAGGAAGCUAGCAUAGUAGGUAAUGAGUCAGGCUGCAGAGUAUGUGGUCAGCCUCUUCCCCACUCCGAGUCAAGACGGGACGGAGAUAGUGAGAAGACUGUAAUUACCUGUGAUUGUGAAGAUGCAUCUGCUGGUGACACAGAGUCAUCUGAUUGUGACUCUGACUUUGAAUCUGAAAAUGUACAACCUUUCCUUGCAACCGAACUAACCGGAGAAAAUGACUUUGAUAUGCAUAUGCAAGACUUUUCCUCUUCGUCUAAUUUAGAAUUGAAUUCUGUGUCCCAUACGGAUGAAGAUUUUGGUACAUGGCAGAGAAUUAUCCGCCUCGAUGCUGUGCGCACUAAUGAUGAAUGGAUCAGGUAUUCACCAUCUCAGAAUGCGGUCUCAGAGAUCAAGGCACGAAGACUUGCCAAUAGUGUUGGCUUGAAGGACUAUGAUCACUUGGAGCCAUGUAGGAUUUAUCAUGCCGCUCGCCUGGUGGCUAUCCUUGAGGCUUAUGCACUAUAUGAUCCUGAGAUUGGUUAUUGCCAGGGAAUGAGCGAUCUACUUUCUCCAAUUAUCUCAAUUGUGGAGGAGGACCAUGAAGCAUUCUGGUGUUUUGUAGCUUUCAUGAAAAGAGCUCGUCAUAAUUUCCGUCUCGAUGAGGUUGGAAUCAGGAGGCAGCUCAACAUUGUCUCUAAGAUUAUAAAAUGCAAAGACAUUCAUCUUUACAGGCACCUGGAGAAGCUUCAAGCAGAGGACUGCUUCUUUGUGUACAGAAUGGUGGUGGUUCUUUUCAGGAGGGAAUUGAGCUUUGAGCAGACAUUGUGCCUCUGGGAGGUGAUGUGGGCAGACCAGGCAGCGAUUCGAGCUGGAAUUGCCAAGUCUGCUUGGGGAAGAAUGAGGCUAAGAGCCCCUCCUACUGAAGAUCUCUUGCUUUAUGCAAUAGCAGCCUGUGUGUUACAAAAGAGGAAACUCAUUAUCGAAAAGUACAACGGCCUCGAUGAGAUCAUGCGAGAAUGCAAUAGCAUGGCAGGACAUCUCGAUGUGUGGAAACUUCUAGACGAUGCUCAUGAUUUGGUGGUCACUCUUCAUGACAAGAUUAGGUGAUCUGUUGGUGUUUUGCUUUUUGGUGUUCUUUAUCAAUGUUUUUGUUAACUUCAUCUUUUGUUUAUUCUCGUCUCAACAUUGGGGAUCCUUCUAAACUGAGGGAUCUUCAAAUCAAGUAUAAACUUUUCUUGAAUGAACGUCACACAGGCAAUUUCUUUGCUGAUAAGAUUAUGAAUUGUAAUGUAUAAUCUAUUGCCCGCGCUCAGGAGCUCCUUUGAGUGAUAGUGGCAUCACGUAAAAGUUUAGCUUUUUAUGA